CGGAGUUUUCUCUGGCUGACGAUCACAAGUGUCGACAAAAAGUGUAAUGUAUAAAGAUUUCCUUCCAUAGUACCGCAAGAUCUACUCGGUGAUCAGCAUUACCACCUCAUAUACGCCCAGCUGGCAAAAUUGCCCAUAAGUGUUGCCAUUAAAUUGAUUGAUUCGGUUUGCGAUCACGCACAGUGAGACGAUCCUCGUUUUUGCUGCUCCCCCUCAGACUGAGCAAAGAACCUUAUACACAAUUGUAUACGUAAACAAAACAACCCAUGUGAGAUAAUAGUGUGAAGAUAAUAAAAAUGAAACUAACUCCUGUGACGUGAGAGGAGAUCAACUCAAGUGUGCGGAGGAUCGUUGAGACAGUGAAUAGAAUAUCUGAAUGUAAAAUGCGUUUUGUGCUCAUAUCAACGCUCUUCCUCUUUCUCAUGCCCAUCACCGGAUCAGGAUGGGUUGAAGGAAGCAACGUCCUUCUGGAUCCUCAGCGUGAGUGCCGAAAGGCAAAGCGUGCCAAAGGAAAACUUGCUGAUAUUUGCAAAAACGGCACAUCGCUGCUCAGAGAAAUCACAAAUGGAAUCUCUAUGAGCUUAUCCGAGUGUCAGUACCAGUUUCGGAACAAUAGAUGGAACUGCAACAGCCAGAGAAGGAGUCUCAAGCGAAUAUUAGCUCACGAUACACGCGAGACGGCGUUCGUGAAUGCCAUCACGGCCGCCGGGAUUGCCUACACGGUGGCCCGAGCUUGUGCCACAGGCAACCUCGUGGAGUGCACUUGCCACGCCAACAGCGAUCCCACCAGCAAGAUGAAGAAGUGGCGGAAGUACUUGAUAGCUCCCAAUGAGAAGUUCGAGUGGGCGGGAUGCGGAGACAACAUCAACUUUGGUGUCAACAAGUCCAAGAUCUUCUUAGAUGCGAGAUAUCGGCGAAAGAAAGACAUCAAGGCUCUCGUCAAGACGCACAAUAACAUCGCAGGACUGCUGGCAAUAAAAAAGCAUAUGCAACUGAAGUGUCGUUGUCACGGCAUGUCCGGCUCCUGCACAAUGCAAACUUGCUGGAUGGCGAUGCCUCCAUUUCGGGAAGUUGCAGAUAGACUUCGGGAGCGCUACGACGGUGCAGCCAAGGUGAUUGCUCGCAACGACGGAACGAGCCUAAUGCCUGAAGGCCGAACCAUCAAGCCACCAACGAAAGAGGACCUUGUCUACGUUGAAGAGUCGCCAGACUUCUGUCGUCCUAACCACCGGACUGGCUCGCUAGGCACGCAAGGACGCGAGUGCAACGCCACAUCGCUAGGUGUGGAUGGAUGCGAUCUCCUCUGCUGCAACCGCGGCUACAAGGCGGAUCUAGUGAAUCGCAAGGUCCCGUGUCACUGCACCUUUGAGUGGUGUUGCGAAGUGAAGUGCAAAAUGUGUGAUGAACGCAGAACGCGCUACACUUGCUUGUAGGAGAAAAAGCUGUGGGAAAUUCUUUGGAAAUCGCACAAUAUGAAUGAGUGACGCUUUUUUCGUUGCACCAAAUUUGAACUCAUCAUUGGA